AUGCACUUGCGCAAUUGCCAAAUCUCAAAUCUCACCGUCGGUACAAUUCACGGGCCACAAGUGCAGCGCAAAAGGAUGGCACUGGUAGACUCAGCAUCACAUUAUAAUCCUCAGACAGCUUCUCGCAGCACCAAGAUUGUCGAAGUGAAGGAUGUAUGCGUGGGAGCUGACAGCAAAGUCGAAGCAGAAGAUUUCAAAAGAGCUAUUCUGUUAGAUCACUGGAGGCGACGUCUGCGAGCAAAAGACUUCGUGGAUCGCCUUCUAGAGAAGGAGGAGAAAGAAGUGGAGGAGAGGAGAGGGAGGUGUAGAAUAAUCCCAACUCAGUCCCCUCAACAAUCAGCGCCACCACCACCGCCACUACUACAGGCACCAUUACGAAUGCACUUCGGUGCAAAGAUUGAGAACGGUCUGAUGACGGAAGAUCACUUCUGCUACGGCCAUCAAGUGGACGGAUCACUCGGCUUCUCUGUGCCAGCUGGAACUUCUGUUUUACCGGCUUCAGCCCCGGUAUUGUCGUUUUCUUUGACAUCACCCUCGUCCAAUAACACGUCUGUCGCCUGGAAUUGGCCGUACCUGAAUGACCCUACUAAAAGUUUGUACAACUACUACUCUGCUAGCUGA